ACUUCAGGGAUCUCCACUUCAACCCAUCAACGACCCGCGUCAGUUCAAACAGCUCAAACAGCUCACCAGAGAAGAAGAAGAAGUUCAAACAGCUUCUCGUCUUGUUUGGGAGAAACUAGUAAAACAUGGCGUCGAGAUUAAACUUGUUAAAACACCGACAGAAACUUGUAAACGCCACGUUUGAGUCCAGUAUAGACUCCACUGCCAUCGAAGAGAAGUUGUUUGGCCGAGAAGAAGAAGAGGAGGAUGAGGAGGAGGAGGACGGACCUGUGGUCUUCAUCUGCGGGAAGUGCCGGCUACCUGUCGGGGACUCUCUGUCCUGGGACGGAAGUGAAGACGGACAGAACCAGAUCCGACUGAAGCGGGUCACUGACAACGUGGUGCUUGGAGAGGACACUCGCCGGCAUGAAGCGAACAAACGAUCUCCCUGUCUGAUCGUGGAUCUGUUCUGUGGAGGCUGUCGCUCCGUGCUUGGUAUUGUCUACGCAUCCACGCCUAAGAACCUGGACCACAAGAGAUUUGUAUUCUGUUUGAAUGUAGCAGACAUCGAGAGCUAUGUGCUUGGCUCUGCAAGCCAGAUGUUGGCAGCAGAGGGCCCCAAAGAGCAGCCAGUCACACUGGAGUACAGGGGCAUUGUUGAACAACAGCUGACAGAGAUGAAAAUGCUGGUCCUGUCCAUGGGACAGAGGCUGGAAGAGAUCGAUGCUGGCCUUCAGUAGGGAUGCGAUGUGGCAUGACAGCGAUGGACAUAAACUUGUCUUGGUGGGUGCCUUAUCCAGGUGUUGAACGUGACUCCUCGCCCCUACCUUUACAUUAAUGCUUCCUUCUCUAAGUUUUUAUCUCAACCACAUUCCCUCAGUAAUGCAUUUUGUCCUAGACUCACCUUGCACACACACACACACACACACACACACACACACACA